AUGCGCACAUCCAGAGUCUCCAAGGAUACGACUAAAAUAUUCAAUGCACUUUCGCCCAACCGUGUUCGACGCUCUACCCGGCAGGCAGCAAGGACAAUCUCGACGUUCACUCUGGGCCAUGCUGGCAGCAUCAAUAUCAAGUCAGAGGAUACACAAGAGAGCUCCUCAUUGGAGUCUGCGCCCGAAACCAAUUUCAGCACCGAUAUCGAAGACAGCCUGACCGCUCCGAGAUGUUCACACAAGCGAAAGAGAGGCAGCGAUUCUCCUGCAACCACGAUUGCCUCAACCGCGACCGGCCCAACCACCUCGAGGACACGGAUCUCUCCUCGCAAACGACUCAAACCAGACACCAGCCAGCCCAACAACGAUGAUGCCGCCACCGCCACCACCUCGUCCCCAAGCAGCUCCCGAGCAAAAGCGCUCCCGAAAACUCGCGCCCGCAAAACCACCCUCCCAGACGGCAGCGAGCAGAUCCAACCCCCCUCCAACUGGUCGACCGUCUACGACAUGAUCAAAGCGCAACGCCAAUCCAACCCCACCGCCCCGGUCGACACCAUGGGCUGCGAAGCUACCACAUCCUGA